AUGGAUCCUCUAAUUCAAUCUGCUCCAGUCAUUGAAAUACCGACUGUUGGGAUGAUAUUUCCAUCUGAAACGGAUAUUCGUUUGUAUUACAAGGCCUAUUCCCUUGGUACUGGUUUCGGUAUAAGUAAGCUCGAAACAAAAAAUGGACCGGAUGGCAAACAAAAGUGGUUCUCGCUAGCUUGUGCAAAAAAUGGUGUUUUUACAUCAAGGGAAAAAAAUAUUUUACAUCCCAGACCCUUUAUCAAGACGAAUUGUAAAGCAAGGAUUAAUGUUGCUGUUAGAAACGAUGGGGAAGUCGAGAUCACCAGCGUCUGCCUUGAGCACAACCAUGCCAUGAGCCCGGGGAAAUCAAGACAUCUUAGAUCCCACAAGGUUCUUGAUUUGGAGGUGAAGAGAAGAUUGGAAUUAAAUGAUGAAGCAGGAAUUACACUCGCAAAAAGUUUCCAAUCUUUUGUAGUUGAAGCCGUUGGUUAUGAUAAUCUGAAAUUUGACGAGAGAUCUUGUAGAAACUUUAUUUCAGAAUCUCGGAAGUUGAGGUUAGGAAAUGGUGAUGCGGAAGCACUUUCUCAAUACUUCACUCCAAUGCAAAGCAAAUCCCCAAAUUUCUAUUAUGUAUAUGAUCUAGACGAAGAUUCUCGGAUAAGGAAUGUAUUUUGGGCUGAUGAAAGAUGCAGGGCUGCUUAUCAAUGCUUCUCCGAUGUCAUCACCUUCGACACAACUUAUCUGACAAAUCGCUACGACAUGCCUUUUGCUCCAUUUGUAGGGGUGAAUCAUCACGGACAAUCCAUUCUACUAGGGUGUGGCCUACUAUCCAGCGAGGAUUCUUCCUCAUUCAUUGUACUUGUUGCUUCGUUAUAUUGA